CAUAAUAGUUUCCAGGAAAGUCACCUUUGACUAAGAACAAUACACACAACCCCCCCAAUUUUAGCAUGUAUAAAUACUUUGCCUAAUUGAACCAUUUUAAUCUAUCCAGUAUCCACACAACCUUCAUCUUAUCAUUAUUACCAUUAUGGACAUGCUUGGUGUUAACCAUGGCAAUAAGAAGCAGAGCAAGAGCAGGGGCAAAAAGGACAAUUUCAAAGUGACUUACAUUUCAAGCCCCAUGAAGGUGAAGACAAGUGCCUCCAAGUUCAGAGCCGUUGUUCAAGAACUCACCGGUCAAGAUUCCAACGUUGCUGACGUCAUCUUCAUGGAAGAAGCCACCAACACCACCAAUUGCAACGUCAUCAACAACGAUAACAAUGGUGUUCAUCAUCUUCAUCAGAAUGAAGAAUCUUUUUUGUUUCACGAUGCUUCAACUACUACUAACUGGUUGAAACCUGAUUACACCGAGUUCUUGCUGGAUUCUUCUAGAACUUCUUCAGCAAUGAUUGAACCAUCGUUGUUACAAUACGAUUUUCUCAACUUUGAUAUGAUAUGAAGGAAAAUUACUUAUAUAUAUUUAUAUAUCAAGUUUUGAGAUGAAUUUUGUUGGAA